UUGCCUCCUUCAAAUAAAAACUUAUGCUAAGUUUAAACAAUACAAGGUUUAUUCUAGCGUAUUAAUAAUGUCUUUAGUGAAUCCAAAUAAACAGAUAUCUUAUUGGGCGAACUGUCCAGCUGAUAUUUUGCUAAUAAUUUUCAGGAAAUUGGAUUUUAAAUCUUUGUUAAAUUCCAUGUUUAUCAACAAAUAUUGGCGAGAUGUUGUUGAAUAUUACUGUCAUCACUUUAAUGUCUGGGACAAGUUGAUAGAACAUGGAAUUGAUAAUAAAGGCAUGUCUUUUUGUGAAAAAUCUACAUUAAGCUGUAGAGAUAUUAUUCAAUGUGCUCAGCGAUGGUAUAAUGUUAAAAAUGCUGCUGUACAUUUCCAUCAUCAUUAUACAUUCGAAGUUGUUAAAAGUAUAUGUGUUUAUAAGGAUAAUCUUAUAGUUGUGACAAAUGAGGCUGUGAAGUAUUUUUCCCUUGAAAAUUUUCUACUUAUGAAAAUUUUAAACAGAACAUGCCUUAAUUAUGAGGAAACUAGCUCAUUAAGAGCUAACUUGAGUCUUCGAAUGGAUGAUGUGAUUGGAUACAAUGUGCUUACCCUUAUAAAUAAAUUACAUAAUGAAGACUGUGAUUGUACUCAAGUAAGAAAAGCUGUGCUUUAUGAUAUAAGUACAUUCAAAGUGUAUUCGAACUGUUGCUAUGUUAUUGACAUAAAGAAUGUUCUAUGGGUAUACAAAGCUGAUAAAUGUGAAUGGGAUGUUAAAGUUAUGGCAAGAUACUACGGCAAUAAAGAUUCCAUAUGUGGUCUGAACGUACACCAGGGGGAAGUGUAUGUUUUACUGAGGAGAGGAGAUGUCCUUCGUGUCGAUAUGGAAUGCAAGAAGUUUGAGAAGGUUUUUGAAUUAGAUGUUCCAAUGCAUUACUUGGAUACGAAGCCGUAUAUGUUUGGGGACUACAGUGUAUUAUGUGCGGUUCCGACUGAAAAGGAGUUCCAAAUCCACUCGCAAAAAGGGGGAGAUCAAAUAGGAGUUGCUUGUCCCGGGCUCACGUGCGUGAUGGAACACGGACACGUCUUGCUAUUGGGAUACGAAGAUGGCAAGAUCGAGAUUUUCCUCACGAAUAAUUUGAUAAAAAAAUUAACUACACCAGAGCUGCGAUUCUAUUUGCAAAGUUAUUCGGGAACAUCUAUGACAAAAAUCAUCGCCUUGGACGUUUAUGAAGACAGCCGUGGCCAUCAUCUCUUCGUAACCACCAAACGUGAUAUCUACGAGCUCUUGAUAUACGACAAAUGACAUAAUACUAUUA